UCCUUGACUUCAGAGUGACCUUCAGAUUUCUAGAGUUUAGUAUCUUGAUUCAAGUGCUACAAAAAUUUAUUUCUUUUUCGUUUAAAAUCUGAGAACAGCAAAUGCCUACAGCUAAACAUUCAGAUGAGCCUAAGCCAGUAUUUUCUGCAAAUGAAACAUGACUACAGCUGGUACUUUCCAUAGCAGAUGCUGAUUUGUUUGAAGACUCAGACUGUGAGGUGCUGUAAUUAAGACCAGUGGAGGAUUUGGAGAUAGGAGUUUUUGAAGAUUCAUGCAGUGAGAGAAAAAACAGCCAAUGGCUUCAGAAUCCAUGGUCCCUGAGCAGGCAAAACAACAUCUGAUAAAGGGAAAAAGGCGGCAGCAGCAGCAGCAAACCAGGCCUUCCAACAGUGAUGGUGAAGAUGACGUCUUUGUAUUUGAGGCAAAUGAGGCUUGGAAGGAUUUUCACAGCUCUCUUCUUCACUUCUUUGAAGCUGGAGAGCUCUGCGAUGUUACACUGAAGGUUGGUUCAAAGCUUAUCUCCUGCCACAAGCUGGUUCUAGCUUGUGUCAUCCCUUACUUCAGAGCCAUGUUUCUUUCGGAAAUGGCUGAGGCCAAGCAGAAGUUGAUCGAGAUCAGGGACUUCGACGGCGACGCGAUAGAGGACCUGGUGAAGUUCGCGUACUCCUCGCGGCUCACGCUGACGGUGGACAACGUCCAGCCCCUCCUGUACGCUGCCUGCAUUCUGCAGGUGGAACUGGUGGCAAAGGCCUGCUGUGAAUACAUGAAGCUGCACUUCCACCCCUCCAACUGCCUGGCAGUCAGGGCGUUUGCCGAGAGCCACAACCGCAUUGACUUGAUGGACAUGGCCGAUCAGUUCGCUUGCGAGCAUUUCGCAGAGGUCAUGGAGUGCGAGGACUUCGUGAGCGUGUCACCGCAGCACCUCCAUAAACUCCUGUCCUCCAGUGACCUGAAUAUUGAAAAUGAAAAGCAAGUUUACAACGCUGCUAUCAAGUGGCUGACGGCCAACCCACAGCAUCAUGCCAUGUGGCUGGAUGAAAUACUUGCACAGGUACGGCUGCCUCUCUUGCCCAUUUGUUUCCUUAUGGGCGUUGUGGCAAAGGAAGAGAUUGUCAAGCAGAAUCUAAAAUGUAGGGAUUUGCUGGAUGAAGCGAGAAACUACCACCUUCACCUGAGCAGCAGGGCAGUGCCUGACUUUGAGUACUCCAUUCGCACAACACCAAGGAAGCAGACUGCUGGUGUGCUGUUCUGUGUCGGGGGCAGAGGUGGAUCAGGUGACCCAUUUCGCAGCAUUGAGUGUUACUCUAUCAGUAAGAACAAUUGGUUCUUCGGCCCUGAAAUGAACAGCAGGAGGAGGCACGUGGGUGUGAUCUCUGUGGGAGGUAAAGUCUACGCGGUAGGUGGACAUGAUGGAAAUGAACACUUAGGAAGCAUGGAAGUAUUUGAUCCUCUCACAAACAAGUGGAUGAUGAAGGCAUCAAUGAACACAAAGAGGAGAGGAAUUGCUCUGGCCUCCCUUGGCGGCCCCAUUUACGCGAUAGGAGGUCUGGAUGACAACACCUGCUUCAGCGACGUGGAGAGGUACGACAUCGACUCCGAUCGGUGGAGCACAGUCGCCCCCAUGAACACUCCCCGGGGAGGAGUUGGCUCCGUGGCCCUAGUGAACCACGUUUAUGCCGUGGGGGGCAAUGACGGUGUAGCAUCUCUUUCCAGUGUGGAGAAAUACGAUCCCCAUUUGGAUAAAUGGAUAGAAGUGAAAGAAAUGGGUCAGCGAAGAGCUGGGAAUGGUGUCAGCGAACUCCAUGGCUGCUUGUAUGUUGUCGGUGGCUUUGAUGACAACUCCCCACUGAGCUCGGUGGAGCGGUUUGACCCACGCAGUAACAAAUGGGAAUACGUGGCAGAGCUCACAACUCCGAGGGGUGGUGUUGGCAUCGCGACACUGAUGGGAAAGAUUUUUGCAGUUGGAGGUCAUAAUGGCAACGUGUACCUGAAUACAGUGGAAGCAUUUGAUCCCAUAGUGAAUAGGUGGGAGCUCGUGGGCUCGGUGUCACACUGCCGGGCAGGGGCAGGUGUGGCCGUGUGCUCCUGUCUCAGCAGCCAGAUCCGGGACGUGGGCCAAGGAUCCAGCAACGUGGUUGACUGCAUGUGAGCUCUGCCACCUCCUCCAAAUUCCAAAGGAAUGGUAAUCAGGAGGCACUGCAGAGCUUUUAAACACUGUGUUUUGUAUGGUAGGUUAAGAAAUCAAUCCAGUACAUUUUCUUUGUGAAAAUGGUACCUUCUGCAGCUGUAAAGCUUUUGGUGACUUUUUAUCAAUAGUGAUACAGAAAAGCCUGUGAUAACAUGGAAUAAAAGUGUGACUCACAGGAAAAAAACCUGCCAAGAGCUGCAAUCAUCCCAUUUCUGAGAAGCUGUAAUUUCAGAAUCAUUUGAGGCAGCUGUUGCAGGGACUCAUUAUUACAGGAACUGUAAACCAGGCAUGGGGAGAAGAGAGGGCAGAAAUUGUUACUGCUGAACUUCACCCAACAGCCCUGCUACAUGUUUCCUGGAGGACUCGAGUGCCAUUUAAUAUAACUUAUUUUCUGGAAUGGAGUCUUAAACAUUUCCUAAUUGUACAAGAGCUUUGUAACACAAGGCAUCUCAAGUUUUAGAGGGUGACGACAUCCCUGGUGCACAAUAAAAUAACUGAUGCAGAGAAGUUCACUGCCCACCUCCCAAGGGACUGCUGGCAGCAGUGGAACUCAGUUUGAAAACUGUCUUUCGAAGUACUUUCUUGAGGUAAUACAUGUUAGAAAACUGAAAAGAUUCCUGAUCUGAGUUUAGCCACUG